CCUACUCUUCCUAUCAGGAUUUUUUUCAUUGCAUCCAUUUUUGUGCAUUUAAGAAAUCUCCAAGAAUUAUAAACCUGGAGGAAAGCGAGAACGAGAGUGUGGGGCAAGGACUCGAAAGAAAAACUAACAAACAAGGAAAGAGGCGACGUCUUUAUUUCAAAAUGCGAGCAAACCCAUUCUAAAGGAUGACCGCGAUGGGUUAGACAGGAUUUAACAUGAUUGCAAAAUAAAAGCAAUUGUGUGUAGCGAUGUCAGCUCCACUCGGGCCCCGGGGCCCAGGCGCCCCCCCGCCGGCUGGAGCCCUACCCGACCUGCCGGACCUCAGCCACCUCACCGAGGAUGAGAGGAAGAUCAUCCUGGGCGUCAUGGACCGACAGAAAAAGGAAGAUGAUAAGGAACAGUCAAUGCUAAAGGUCAAAGAAGAACAAAAGCCUCAGCCGGCACAGUGGUUUAGUCCCUUUAGUGGGAUCACUGAGCUGGUAAAUAACGUUCUGCAACCGCAGCAAAUGUCCCAAAAUGAGAAGGAGCCUGAGCCUGAGCCUGAGCCUGAGCCUGAGCCUGAGCCUGAGCCUGAGCCUGAGACGAAGCUGCACCAGCAGUUUGAGAGCUACAAGGACCAGGUGAAGAAGAUGGGGGACGAUAUGACCCCACAGACGGGGACGACAGGAGAACCCCAGAAGAACCCCAACGACUCUCCUACCUGCGGGAUUUGCCACAAAACCAAAUUCGCUGACGGCUGCGGCCACCUCUGUUCAUAUUGCCAAACAAAAUUCUGUGCUCGGUGUGGAGGACGAGUGUCUCUGCGGUCAAAUAAGGUUAUGUGGGUAUGCAACUUGUGCCGAAAACAACAAGAAAUCCUAACCAAGUCGGGGGCGUGGUUCUACAGCAGCGCCGCAGGGCCACGGGGUGGGUCUGAGGGCCCCAGGGGUCGACGUCACGAGGAGGCCCCCCAGGAGAAGAAGGCCAAACUGCAGCAGGAUCUCCUCCACCAGCGGCCCCCAGGUGACGUAUCAGCAGACAGAAGCAGACCUCCCGGACUCCCCAGACAAGGCUCCCUCAACAACGGCUCAGGGCUGAGGCUCUCAGGUCCAGGACAGGACAUAGACAGGAAACGAAGCCCAUCAGCAUCCAGGGAUCCAAACCAAAGAUACGACCAAAGGGAGGAGCGGGGUCAGUAUGCCCCGGGGGACGGCACCAUGCCCAGAUCACCGUCCGACUACGGGGAUGGGGACCCUCGACGUGGGGCCCCACGGAGGUACCAAGACGCUGAGGCGGCGCGGGGGGAGUACCGUGGUGGGCGUGGCCGCUGGCGCUCCCAUGAGGACUACCCUCUGGACCAGGACGGGCCCUACCCUCUAGAAGGGCCCUACCCUCUAGACGGGCAGCCCAGUGAGUUCGAGCUGCAGCGCCAGCGCCAGGAGGAGUACCAGACACGCUACCGCUCCGACCCCAACCUGGCCCGUUACCCCGUCAAGCCCCAGCCCUACGAGGAGCAGAUGAGGAUGCAUGCUGAGGUGGGUCGGGCCAGGCACGAGAGGCGCCACAGUGAUGUGUCUCUGGCCUACACGGAGCAGGACGAGCCCCAGGGACCAAUCCGCCUGUCCAGACAGCACCUGACCGAGCGCCGGCCGCCCAUGGUGGGCCAACGCUCUUACUCCAUGGACAGAAACUCCCCCACCCCUGGAGGCCACCCCCGGACCUCCAACCACAGCCCCCCCACCCCACACCGCAGCCCCGUGCUGGGGGACAGGUCAGGGGACAUGAGGCGGGGGCCAGGGGAGCCAAUAGGGUUCAGGGGUCAUGAUUAUCUGGACCCCAGCUCUGCAGUCAGGAAGACCAAGAGGGAGAAGAUGGACACCAUGUUGAGGAACGACUCUCUGAGCUCUGACCAGUCCGAGUCCAUCAGGCCGCCGCCACCAAAGCCCCACAAAACCAAAAAGGGGGGUAAGAUGCGGCAAGUGUCCCUGAGCAGUUCGGAGGAGGAACUUGCCACCACACCGGAGUACACCAGCUGUGAGGAUGUGGAGAUAGAGAGUGAGUCUGUCAGUGAGAAAGGGGACAGUCAAAGGGGGAAAAGAAAAACUAUUGAGCAGGCAUUUUUGUCCGACUCAACACACAACACCUUAUCUGAGAGGCAAAAGAAAAUGGUUCGCUUUGGGGGCCACUCAUUGGAAGAGGACGCAGAAUGGUGCGAACCCCAGGUUAAAGACUCUGGCGUUGACACAUGCAGUAGCACUACCCUAAACGAGGACAAUCAGCAUAGCCAUAGUGAGAAGCAUCCAGUGACAUGGCAGCCCUCCAAAGAUGGGGAGCGCCUAAUAGGGCGGAUUCUGCUCAACAAGCGGAUGAAGGAUGGAAGUGUACCUCGAGACUCAGGAGCACUGCUGGGACUGAAGGUGGUGGGUGGAAAGAUGACAGAAUCUGGUAGACUUUGUGCUUUCAUCACUAAAGUGAGGAAAGGAAGUCUAGCGGAUACUGUUGGACACCUCAGACCAGGCGACCAGGUGCUGGAGUGGAACGGGAGGUUUUUACAAGGAGCCACAUUUAAAGAAGUUUACAAUAUCAUUCUAGAAUCAAAGCCAGAACCCCAGGUGGAACUGGUGGUCUCAAGGCCCAUAGGAGAUAUUCCUCGGAUACCAGACAGCACACAUGCACAACUGGAAUCAAGUUCGAGUUCCUUUGAGUCUCAGAAGAUGGAUCGCCCUUCUAUCUCUGUCACGUCUCCCAUGAGCCCCGGGAUGCUGCGGGACGCCCCCCAGUACCUGUCAGGACAGCUCUCAAGCCAAAGCCUUAGUAGAAGAACAGCGCCUUUUGUCCCUAGGGUCCAGGUCAAACUGUGGUAUGACAAAGUGGGCCAUCAGCUAAUAGUCACCAUCCUGGGAGCCAAGGACCUGCCUUCUAGGGAAGAUGGCCGCCCCAGGAACCCUUACGUCAAAAUCUACUUCCUCCCUGACAGAAGUUUGAAUUAUUGUUCCUCCAGCGACAAAAGCAAGAGGAGAACAAAAACGGUAAAGAAAUCCUUAGAACCCAAAUGGAACCAGACCUUUAUGUAUUCUCCUGUGCACCGGCGGGAGUUCCGUGAGCGCAUGUUGGAGAUCACCCUGUGGGACCAGGCCAGGGUCAGGGAGGAGGAAAGCCAGUUCCUGGGAGAGAUACUGAUAGAGCUGGAGACAGCCCUGCUGGAUGAUGAGCCUCACUGGUACAAGCUGCAGACCCACGACGUGUCCUCCAUGCCCCUCCCCCGCGCCUCGCCCAACCCCCAGCGCAGACAGCUCCACGGAGAGAGCCCCACGAGGAGGCUACCCAUACAGAGAUCUCAGAGAAUCAGUGACAGUGAGAUCUCUGACUAUGACUGUGAAGAUGGUGUUGGUGUAGUGACAGACUACCGGCAGAACGGCAGGGACCUACAUAGUUCCACGUUGUCUGUCCCCGAGCAGGCGAUGUCAUCCAACCACUGCUCGCGGUCGGCAGACAUGAACCGGGCGCGGUCGCGGUCCCCCAGUGUCCCCCCUCCACAGAGCAGAAGUCUGGACCCCGGCUAUGACAUUGACCCCGCCUCGUCUCAGUACAGCUCCUCCAGUAGAGUGGACCGGCGCAGUGUGUCUGAUGACCACCACUCACCUGACAGCCGCAACCACCACAUAUCCAACAUCAGUCGAGAAGAGGCUGUCAGGUUACUGCGCUCCACUAGGAUGUCCCGAGCCCACUCAGAGGGCGCGUACUCCUCCUCUGCUUCCGUCGACUAUGACUACAAGAGGAACCACGGAGCCGUUGACAGGCAUGUGUAUCACAGCAGGUCCAGGUCAGCUGACCAGCGUCCCGCGCUAGAGCGCACCACCACGGAGCGGCCCGACUCCGCCCUCAUGAGGUCCAUGCCGUCUUUACCCUCCGGACGCUCCGCCCCUCCCUCACCUGCCUUAACGAGGGCGAACCCCCGCAGCGGAUCGGCCCAAACCAGCCCCACCAGUACCCCCAUGUCUGACAGGAGAGGAGGUCGGCAACUACCACAGCUUCCACCCACAGGGACCAAGGGCAGAAAAGACACGGACUCACCAGGUUGGACCAGCUCAGGUGCUAUGGAUGUGGAGGAGAGGACCAGACAGAUGAAGCUGAAGGUGAACAAGUUCAAGCAGGGGGCCGGGUGCGACUCCAGACUGGAACAGGACUACAACAAGAGGAGGGAUGGUCAGCGGGGUUCAGACAACAUGUCAGCCAAGUCUUCGGACAGUGAUGUAAGCGACGUGUCCGCUGUGUCGAGAACCAGUAGUGCCUCUCGGUUCAGCAGCACGAGCUACAUGUCUGUCCAGUCAGAACGGCCGCGAGGAAAGCAGAAGAUCAGUGACUUUACGUCCAAAAUGAAAAACAGGCAGUUGGGCACGUCGUCAGGGAGUAUGAACAUGACCAAGAGCACAAGCAUCGGUGGAGACAUGUGCAACCUGGAGAAGACGGACGGCAGCCAAUCGGACACGGGCGUGGGCAUGGUAGGCGGGGACGGGGACGGGGACAAGAAGAGACGCUCCAGUAUUGGUGCCAAAAUGGCGGCAGUGGUUGGCCUCUCGCGGAAAAGCAGGAGUACCUCUCAGCUCAGCCAAACAGAAGCCGGUGGGAAGAAGCUUCGCAGCACCGUGCAGAGGAGCACAGAGACGGGCUUGGCCGUAGAGAUGAGGAGCAGGAUGACUCGGCAGGCCAGCAGAGAGUCCACCGACGGCAGCAUGAACAGCUACAGCUCAGAGGGAAACCUGAUCUUCCCUGGUGUGAGACUGUCCUCCGACGCCCAGUUCUCUGACUUCCUGGAUGGACUAGGCCCAGCCCAGCUGGUUGGACGUCAGACGCUAGCUACACCACCCAUGGGUGACAUCCAGAUUGGAAUCGUAGACAAGAAAGGGGCGCUGGAGGUGGAAGUGAUCCGAGCCCGUGGCCUUGUGGGAAAACCAGGUUCCAAGGCACUGCCAGCACCAUAUGUAAAAGUGUAUCUUUUGGAAAACGGAGCCUGUAUAGCCAAAAAGAAAACAAAAGUAGCAAGAAAAACCUUGGAUCCCCUUUACCAGCAGCAACUGCCUUUCGAAGAGGCUCCUGGAGGGAAAGUUCUACAGAUCAUCGUAUGGGGAGACUACGGACGCAUGGACCAUAAAUCCUUUAUGGGAGCAGUUCAGAUACUUUUAGAUGAGCUGGACCUGUCUAACAUGGUGAUUGGCUGGUUCAAGCUCUUUCCUCCUUCCUCAUUGGUGGACCCUACCCUGGCCCCCUUGACAAGAAGAGCUUCCCAAACGUCAUUGGAUAGCCGGUCAUAGCAGUGUGUGGACUGAUAGCAUUGUUGUAGCAGCAGCACCCAGUAUUGAGGUUGAACAUGCUGCGACAGACAGGUCACGCCCCCCGGUUACACUGCAUGCUUGAUGUUGUGUCUUCUGAGCCUGUUUCUAGGGGUGCAAACGUGAUCCUGUGUUUUGACAAAAAUGUCGCACACAUUGUGCGUAGCGAGCGUCGCUCCCUCGGCCGGGUCGGAGCGCCAGCUCGGAUUAGAAGGCCGUAACGGACUCCUUAGCACCAGGAAUUGUCUCUAAAUCGAGCGAUUCCAGGUUUUCAUCCAAUCUAAGCCAUGGGGGUCGGAACUGGGAACCUGCUCGAUGAGUUCUACAGAAGCCCUUUUUGAAUGAAAAAUACAUGUUUUUGUUUAUAAUUAUUUUGUUUGUUUUUUGUUUGUUUUAUUGUCGAUGUACUUGUAUACCUGAAGGGGUGACUGACAGUGUUGUCCUGUCCAGAAGCUUGGUCACGCCAAGCCAACAGACCUAGCUAGAUGUGUAAAUGGAACUAUGAGGAUCAUUGCAAUUGGAGAGGUGGGGUGUCCCAACUAAAGCUCAAACUCCGAAUAUGAGGCCCUAGUCAAAAUAGUAGUAGAUCACACCAGAGAGAGACAAUACUAAAGUUACAAAAGGCAAUACAGAAGUGGCUACUGUACUAUCGACACUCCAGAAUCUAUUGAUCAGAACCUACAACAAGACUAACUUUUAUGACCUAACAUUAUUAUUUCUCUGUUGAUAUAUUGUAUGACAUUUAAAUGAAGAUUUAAAAAAAAAGAAGAUUUUUUUGCAUGGACAAAAAUUUAGCUGGAAAAAAAAAGACCAUUAUUUUCUUGAGGCUGCGACUUGCAAAAAAAGAUGGAGAAAAACAAAUAAAACACAUCAGCCAUUUUCAACAAUUUAUAUUAUUUUUAAAUUUAAAUUUCACUAGUGCAUGGUUUUCAAAGGGGAGUGAAUGCAACAGCGUGAUAAAAAAAGACACAUUGUUUAUCAUUCUUUAGACCAUCCAUAACAUAAGUCUGUGUUUGGCAGACAUACAGUAAGAGAAACUAAAAUAAAAACUUUUGGAGUUAUUUAUCCAAAAAAAACUGUUUAUGUGACAAAGUGAUGAUGAAAAUAAAUGUAAAUUAUUUAUUUCAUUGUAAAGGUUUACAAGCCUUAUAAAGAUAAACAUUAUGUGCAAAUUGUACACGUCUCUUUCUCUCCCUUGUCCCAGGGCAUCCCCCUGAUAUUGUCCAGAGUUUCAGGACCGUUGGUUCUUUUACAGCUCUGUAUCGUUUCAAUAUGUCUUUUUUGGCGAUUUGUUGAACAAGCAUGUUGAAAAGGAUUUUCUGCAACAUGGCUUGGGCACACCUUAAAGUAACUCAGCAUGUUUUGAUAAAGAGGAUGUUUGGGAGUUUUGCAGUUUCUUGUACAGUGCAUGUCAACUUCGUUACUUUCCCCCCCUCACCUUCAAUUGAAUUCUACAGAAAAUUCAUUAGUUACUUUCAUGGCCAAACUAUUAAAACGUUUUAACAAAACAUUCCACUAACCCCUAGAUCAUAUUUUAUUUCCACUUUUUCAAAAAGAAUGACAAGGAAAAAUAUUUUAUAUUCAUUGGAGGUUGACAAAAAAAGUUAUGGUUGCGAGUGUAUUUUAUUUCAGUAUUGUUAACUAACAUGCAAAAAUAAUCUGUAUUGGUACAGCAAGAAGGAUAUUUAUAUCCAAGCAAGAUGCGGCAAACAUACAACUUAUGUACUGUAUAUUGCUGUGUAGUUCAGGCACUGUUUGUGAGGAUGAGCAAAACACAAGGUCAAACAACAUGGGAUAUUGCCACACAAUAUGAAUUUAGUUUUUUUUGUUUUUGUGAAAAUAUAAUUAAUUUCAUAUAUUUUUAUUAGUUUAUUUAUAAGCCAAGACCAGUUUAUUUUUUAUUUUUAGUAAUUAUAAAUGCUUCUUGUGUAUGGGAGGUAUAUGAGUCUUGCAGUUAUGUCUGAAUGAAAAUAAACUGAGACAUUAUUCCUUUUCCAUGUUAAACCAAUACAUCCUAAUGUCCAUCCGAUAUCUUGUUGCUAUAACAAGCUAUAUACUUUCGUUUUUGAUUUACAUUGUACAUAUUAGAAAUUUGAAUAAAACAAGCAAACACAAAUAGAUGACAAUAUUUUGGAAUAGGAAUAAUGUCUCACAUGAUGACAAAGACAUGUUAUUUCCCCUUUUGAAUGCCUUUUCUUUCUUUUGUUUUGGUGCAAUGUGUUUAUGCCAAGGCUAUGUCCUGGUGAAGUAUGGUUGACUACAGAGAUUUAUGUAAGUUAUUUUUCAAAUAAAAAAUGGAUAUUACACUGACA